AUGAACGAAAAUCUUGAUGAUACUACAGCAGAUCCGAUGACAAAAAAUUAUCGAUUCGUAGAUACUGCCAUUGCUGAAAAACAUCCACAAGUAACACAUAAUACCAUCAAUUAUAUAGAAGUUGACCUAGGACCUAUUGAGAGAUACGCUAAAGAACCUUUAUUACCAUUAGUUGAUGCAUGUGCUUCACUGAUCGGCAUCGUUGAUGAUUUAUUGACCUACAUUCAACUAGCCUUGAAUAAAACAUUGGCUGAACCUGCAGAUGAACUCACUGUCGAUGAAAGUGCAUCGAUUCGUCUCUACACGAUCGAAUGGAAAGGAUCUCAUCAAAGUCUCUAUUCCAAACUCAAUCGUACUCUCAAAGCUGCUGAUCGUGAGGAACUUCAGCCCUACUUCAAGUAUCUCAAACUAUUUCUAACUGUUCUAGCCAAACUACCAUGCUUUCCACCAAUAACUAUCUGGCGAGGAGUCACCAAAGAUUUAGCUCUCAUUUUCCCAUCUGGAAAACUAGUGACCUGGUGA